GGAUUUGCCUUUGAGUCGCCAUAAGCCAGAAACGACUUGAAGGCACACAACAACAGGAAUUAGAAAGGCAGGAUACGCACACACACACACACACACACACACAUGCAUGCAUACAUGUUCAGUGUGGUAACUUUAUGGCCUCGGAUAAGGCUGUUUUUGUGACUCACAAAUCUGACCUUAUCUGACUUCAGUUGGAAAGCGCACACAGAUCAGCAACUGUUUCAGAAAUACAGAGGGCUCUGGGAAGCAUUCCUCUGACUGGGGAACACUUUGAAGCAGCCUUCCCAAACCUUCCCUACUAGAUGUUUUGACUGCAACACCCAUCACUCUGGAUAGGAAUCAUGGGAGCUGUAGUCAAAAAUUUGUUGAGGAAGCCUCCUCUAAAGUAAACGUUUCUGGUGGAAGAGUGGAGCAUGCUUCGGUUCCCUUCCUAGAGAGCCAGUGUGGCCUCAUGUUUACAGGAGUGAUUCCCAAACUUUGAUCCUCCGGGUGUUUUAGACUUCCAACUCCCAGAAGCCCCAGCCAACUUGGCCACCAGUCAGGAAUUGUGGGAGCUGAAGUCCAAAAAUCUAGAGGACCAACGUUUGGGAACCCACUGGUUUAGAGCAUAGGCAACACAGCAGGACUGAACAGUGCCAGUGGGGAGGGAGGAGACAAAUCCAAACCAACACCACACACUACACAAACAUGCAACUGACUGGGAUGGCAACCCUGCGUGCAUUGAAAGCUGUCUUGGUGGAUCUCAGUGGCACACUUCACAUAGAAGAUAUGGCUGUUCCUGGGGCCCAGGAAGCUCUUAAAAGGCUACGCAGUGCUCCUGUUACCAUCAGGUUUGUAACUAACACCACUAAGGAGUGCAAGCAGGACCUGUUGCAGAGACUGAAGAAACUUGAAUUCGACAUUCAGGAAGAUGAGAUCUUCACAUCCCUGACAGCGGCCAGAAACCUCUUGGAGCAGAAGCAGGUUAGGCCUCUAUUACUAGUGGAAGACAACGCACUGCUUGACUUCAGAGGAAUAGAAACAAGCAAUCCUAAUGCUGUGGUGAUAGGGCUGGCUCCUGACCACUUCAACUAUGAAAUGAUGAACAAGGCCUUCCGGCUCAUCCUUGAUGGUGCUCCUCUAAUAGCCAUACACAAAGCAAGAUAUUACAAGAGGAAAGACGGUCUGGCCCUCGGUCCUGGGCCAUUUGUUACUGGACUGGAAUAUGCCACAGAUGUGAAAGCUACUGUAGUAGGGAAGCCAGAGCGGACAUUUUUCCUGGAAGCCUUGCGUGGGACCAAUUGUGUACCGGAGGAAGCUAUCAUGAUUGGUGAUGACUGCAGGGAUGAUGUUGGAGGGGCCCAGAAUGCUGGCAUGCUGGGAAUCUUGGUAAAGACUGGGAAAUACCGAGAAGCUGAUGAAGGGAAAAUUAAUCCACCUCCAUACCUAACUUGUGAGAGUUUUCCCCAGGCUGUAGACCACAUUCUCCAGCAUCUAUUGUAAAGAAGACACAGAGGAUUUGAGCAUCACCUUUCAUUGAUAAAAACUAAAAUAUCCAAUAGCAUUCUUUGUAAGGAUGGAUAUGUACAGUUUUCUUUGUUGCUACUCUCGGAUGGACAGCACAUCAGGUGGGAAGAUAGUGUUCAAAUGCUUUCUCCCCCCAAAUGAACAAAAGCCUUUAUCCUUCCCACCUUUAGAAAACUAGCAUGUCUGAGAAAGGAGUGGAAGUGUAACCUUCCCUUCUAGAGGGCUAGUUUUCUAAGCACAAAAAGGCUUGAUUAGAAUAAUUCAAACAUGCAAUCCUAAUGCAUACCUCCAUUUGCAAUUUGGAGUAGUAAAGCACGUCCCUUGUGUAGAAGUAAAUCACAUGCCUUGCAGACUGCAUAGCUGUUUUUACUGUGAUACUGUACUAGGAAUCAGUGUCUCUUUCACACACGCAUCCUCCGCUGUUGGACUACAGCUUCCAAGCCACAGGGUGGAAUCUUUCUCCUUGGACAUCAGAACUGUUUGUGCAAUAUUGGGACUGUUACACUUCUGUGCUCCUUACACUGACAAUACCUGACAACUUUCCUAAGUCAAUUCUUUUAAUGAGUAAUGAAGGCGCUUCAUAACUGUUUCAAAAAGUCUAAUGUGGAAAAGGCUAGAAACACAAUAAAGCUUUUGAGAGGUUCUAA